GGUAGGGUGCGAGCCUCGGGUGGAGUUAGCGUAGCCAGGGCUGGUGGUGUUGCUGACUCCUCCCCGACCCAGCCUGGUUCUUCGUUCCACCCAAAGAGCUGCUUGCUACCUCUCUCUAUUUGAUUCGGGUGGUGACCCGUAUGUUCCGGUGGAACACACUGGAAUGAUUUUGUUGGUAGAACCCAACGGUUGUCAUAAUUAGCCUUCGUACUGGAUCCGAAGCGACUGAAGCGUCUGGUUUUUUCCGAGACUUAAUUUUUAAGAAGGAUCUCUUGUUUUUGUUUGUUGUGUGUGAGGAAAUAAGCAGAAAGUAAUUUAUGAGUGCAAGGUCAUCUCUGUCGUACACAAAUGAAGAGAGACUUCUGCUGGAGGGAAUGGCUGCGUCCUCGUCCUCAUCUUCAGCUGGUGGGGUCAGUGGCAGCUCCGUCACCGGAUCUGGCUUCAGUGUUUCAGACCUGGCCCCGCCACGGAAAGCUCUGUUCACCUACCCCAAAGGAGCCGGAGAGAUGCUAGAAGAUGGCUCGGAGCGGUUCCUCUGUGAGUCGGUGUUUAGCUAUCAAGUGGCUUCCACGCUUAAACAGGUGAAGCACGAUCAGCAAGUUGCCCGGAUGGAAAAACUGGCUGGCUUGGUGGAAGAGCUGGAGGCUGAUGAGUGGCGGUUUAAACCCAUCGAGCAAUUACUGGGGUUCACACCCUCUUCGGGUUGAUGUCGCCUGCAUGGUCGCCCCAAGGGCACACCACCCAGAGACUCACAGCUGUCCUGGGAGCUGCACAUCGGAUUCACAUCUAUGUUGGGUUCCUCUGUUUCUGUUAAUAGGCCACCACUGCUCCUGUGAGAUAUCGCUGAGUUUGUCACAUGCUUGGUUUCAAAGUAUCGGGCGGGAGGCUCUCUGUGUUCGAGCCAGCCUGAUCAAUACAGACUUCCAGGACAGCCAGGGCUAUGUAGAGAGACCCUGUCUCAAACAAAAAAAAGUAUUGGGGGUCAGAUUAAGGCCGUCCUCUCAGAGAACCAGGAGGGAUGGGAUUUCAGAGAAUGACACGGUUCUCCCAAGCCAGGUGGACACAUGCCAGAAUUGGCCAACUGAAUGGGGAAUAUCCUGUCAUUCAUAGAGCGUCUGGAAGCUUUUCCCAGUCAAACCCAAGGUCAGGAUCCACAGUUUCACAAUCACAGUCCAAACAUUUCUCUUCAGAGAUGAGUGUGAUUUCAGCUCAGAGUCUGGCCAGAUGGGGAAUUUUAAGGUGUUCUUUCCUCCUCUAUUCUUAGACAUUUAAUAUUACAGAUUAUUUUUCUCACCUCCUAUGAUAUGCCAAAUGGUGCUACCCCACCCCAUCCCUGCACCCCAAAAUUGCUUUUUGACUGUUGCAGCACUUGAAAAAAUAAAGUGACCUAAUUCCUUUUAGACCCAGAAA